GCUUUAUGAGGUCUACCAGUAAGUGUGAGGAUGUCAAGGGAUAAGAAAUCAACACUGGUUUCAUCUUGAACCUAGAAUUUUAUUUUAACCCAUGAACAAAGUGAGCUGCAGUUUAAAGAGGGGGAAAGCCGGGUGGCUGUGCGUUAAGACCAUUUUCUACUGCUUCUUCUCAACUGCCCCUUCGCCUGUGUGUCAUGAUUACAGUUUCAAAUAAAGGAAACUACAGACCACCUACAUUAGUAGACUCCAACUCCAGAGCUGCAGUUAACUGUGCAGGACUCAACAGGUGUGAUCUCUGAUGCAGUCGUAUCUAGUGACACUCAGAUCCUUCAGAACCUGCUCUGGGCACCGUCUCAUGACUCAAAGAAAAGGUGACUGAGGAUGUUUCUCACAUCCUACUACUGGUUUCGUUGUCCCAAGGAUUUCAUUUGAAGGGCGGGGCACUCCAUUACUUCCCUCCACCCCAACCGGAGUCUGAAGUCUGGACCAAUGAAAGCUUAGAACCUCGUUUACUGGCACUAAGCACUGGCACUAUUUAAGUGUUAGCAGGAAUGGGCUGUGAGCAUCGGCUUUCUCCACAAAGGGGCACGCUAACAUCUGAUCUGUGGAACCGCUGAGCUGAAGAAAGGGAACAGAGGAAAGCCUGCAGGACUCCUGGUGCCACUAUGUGCUACGUAAAGUGUGCAAGAUACAUCGGAUACUCUCUGGUGUGGGCUGCUGUCUUCUGCAUCGUAGCUAAUGCUUUGCUCUACUUUCCUAAUGGGGAGACAAAGUAUGCUACGGAGGACCACCUCAGCCGUUUCGUGUGGUAUUUUGCCGGCAUUGUAGGCGGAGGCCUGCUGAUGCUCCUGCCAGCGUUUGUGUUCAUUGGGAUGGAUGAAGAGGACUGCUGUGGUUGCUGCGGCUACGAAAACUACGGCAAGCGAUGCUCGAUGCUUUCUUCUGUACUGGCUGCUCUGAUUGGAAUCGUGGGAUCUGCUUACUGUGUCAUUGUGGCAUCACUGGGUUUGGCAGAAGGACCAAAGUGCAGCGAUGCCCAUGGAGUAUGGAACUACACCUUUGCCAGCACUGAGGGACAGUACCUUCUGAAUUCCUCUAUGUGGUCCAAGUGCUAUGAGCCCAAGCAUAUUGUGGAGUGGCAUGUGACUCUAUUUUCUAUCCUCUUGGCUUUUGCCGCAGUUGAAUUCAUCUUGUGUCUCAUUCAAGUAAUAAAUGGAAUGCUUGGAGGCUUAUGUGGCUAUUGCUGCUCUCGCCAACAGCAAUAUAACUGCUAAAAAAGAACACAAGACAGAAGGGCGUGCUUCCUGUAUUUCACUGUAAUUUGUAUAUUUUCCCUGUGUUGUGAGACUUUGCACCUUGUGCCACAUCCUACCCUUUCUGCUUUUGUAAGGAAAUGUGCUGACGUCAUCACAUGAUGUCAGUGUUUACAUUCACAAAACAAACAAGGCAGCAAACUGCACUCUCUCCGAAGGGAUUUUACAGACUUAAGGACUGUUCUCAGCAUAGCUGAGAUAAACUCUUCAGUGUUUGAGAUAAAAAUCAGAGCUAACUAUUGUGCAUAUGUGCAUUUUUUUUUAAAUAAAAGAUCUCCGAUUUCCUUUUUAAGACCAAGAAGGACCAAAAUAAAAAAAAAAGAAAAACAAGAAAGAUAUAUUUUACUGUUCAUAUGCUGUUUCCCAUUUGUAUGUGAAUGAGUCUCUAAGAAACCCUCUGAAGUGAGAUUUUCUCUUACCUGGAUUCGGAAAUCUCAUUGAGAGCGUGCUAACCCAAGUAUGGGAGAGGAAAUAUAUAAUACUGACAAUGUCUGUGAAACACUACUCAAGGCUGAAGUUGUGCAGCUUGUAGAAACCUUUUUGCCUUUCAAAGACAAAGACUGUUUCUGUAAAGAGGAAGGUCAGGAUAGUUAGACAAGGAAAAUGAGAAAUGGUGGGAAAACAGAAGAGAGGUGGGGCAGGGUCAGGAAGCUCACAGGGGAAUGCUUCCCAAGCUUGCUUCUGAGCAUAAAAUUAAGUAUUCAAUACCAUUCAGCUGUGGCUUUAGUUUUACGUCUGAAGUGACACCCUCUCUCAUCAGGCAAUUUAUCGGAGUCACGUAGAGAGGACUUCUUCCUAACACAUAGAAAGAUCUAUUACCUUUCCUGGAAGACAAAAGACGUUUUCAGAGUACAGGCUUCUGGGUCUGGAGAUCUGGUUUCUAACUUAAUAGAAUUUGAUUUGAAAGGUUACACACAGUGAAUACACUCAGUAGGACAAGCCAAUGUCAUUGUUCACAGCUUCUGUUUUUCCCUCCCUCUCAGUGACCUGUGGUCUACAGGUUGGGUAGCAUCUAUGCCAAGGUCUUGCUUUCCUCUGGGUCCUCUCUCCUGCUUUCCCUGCCUUAUCCCCUCUUCUGCCUUUUCUAUCAACAGAUAACCAUGGCUAUGCUAUCCCUCGAGGCUCUCAAAUCAGCUAGAUAUCUUUCUUUCUGCUGGGUGCUCCAGUUAUCAAAGUCCUGGGUAAGGUAGUAUGUUUUUCUCUCUUGGUGCACAAAUUACACCUUGUUAUUUAUUUAUUUUAAUGUAAAAGGAUCCCUUAACCCACUGCUUGGCAGAAUUACUUAGAGGGGGAUAGAACUAUGUAUUUGCUCAUGGUUCCGGAGCUUUUAGUCUGGGGUUACAGGCUGCACUGUCAUAGGCCUGUGGGAAAGCAGAACCUCCUUCUGGUAGGAGCAUGCAUAACAGGACACAGAUCACUUCAUGGUAGAUAGGAAGCAGAUAGAGAAAGGGACUGGGGGCCAGAUGUAACCUUCAGAUUCACGUCCUCCAACAACUCACUUCCUCCAACAAGGUCCUACUUCUAAAGUCCCUACUAUCUCCUAGGACCAUCCAAGGACCAACUAUUAAAGAAACACAUUCAGAUAAUAGCAAUUGGGAUUUUAUACAGAGGACUUGGCUUUGGUUAUUCAUUGUCCUGCAUAACAGACAAGAGAGUUAGUGGAGUUUUGUUUGCUAUUAGACAGGUGCACGCUUCCUUUAGGCAAGAUACCUGCUGUGGUAGCUGAUCCAACUAACAUCUUUGUGCUAUGAUCCCUCUGACAAUCUAGUGAAACUUGGAGACUUUUUCUAAUAAUAUCUAUAAACACAUAAAAUAAAAUAUAUAGACGUAAGAAGUAAAUCAAUGCACUAGAAUAUUUUAUCAAAUAAAUUAGAAGUGGGACUAGAGAGAUGGCUCAGUGGUUAAGAGCACUGAUUGCUCUUCCAGAGGACCUAGUUUUGAGUCCCAGCACUCACACUGCAGGUUAUAACUGUCUGUAACUCCAGUGUCAGUGGAUCCAAUAUUCUCUUCUGGUUCCACAGGUGCCUACAUGUGGUGCACAGACAUGCAUGCAGGUAAAACAUUUAUUUACAUAAAUAAAAUAAAAAUAAGUCAAAAUUA